AUGGUGCUGCUCACGAAUUUUAUGGUGCUGACACAAGUUUUUGGUGCUAGCAACAUGAAAUUCGGCAUCUGUACUCACGUGAUACAUGCUACAAGAGAACUGUCGUUGCAUUGCCCCGGAAUGCCUGCACCAGUACCGGUCUUCAGUUCCCGACGACCAGGAUCUGGGCGUCAAGUAGACGUCAAUUCUCACCAAGAAAGCAGUGAUGGUCGAGUUUGUCCUGCUGAUACGAAUGGAGAUCCUGCCGCUCACUACCCCGAGCAAGGACCCCAAGCCCGUCCGCCAAGUGAUGACACCAGCCAUCACUUAGGUACGUUUCAUGAGCUUCCAGUACUUGGCCUGCAACCUAGAUCGCCGCCUCCCGUAUUCAUCGAGCAUCACAUCGAUACCGAGAGUGGUAUUCGUGAAGACCUCGAGAGCACAACCGCCUGCCGGCAUGGAGUUAUUCCGCCUGACCCCAAUUGA